GACAAAAGAAUCAGAGUAUCUCAACCCUUGACAAGAGGACCAAGUGCCUUUAUUCCAGAGAAGGAAGUUGUCCAAGCAAACACAGUGGAUGAACGUACAAACCUUCUCGUGGAAGAGUACUCCACAUCUGGUCGUCUGGACAACAUAACACAGGUCAUGAGUUUACACACUCAGUACCUGGAGUCUUUCCUGCGGAGCCAGUUUUACAUGUUGCGCAUGGACGGUCCCCUUCCUCUGCCACACAGGCACUACAUCGCAAUAAUGGCUGCAGCUAGACAUCAGUGUUCUUACUUAAUAAACAUGCAUGUGGAUGAAUUUUUGAAGACUGGAGGUAUUGCUGAGUGGUUGAACGGUUUGGAGUAUGUCCCACAAAGGCUGAAAAAUCUUAAUGAAAUAAAUAAGCUGCUAGCACACCGACCCUGGCUGAUCACGAAAGAGCACAUUCAGAAACUUGUCAAAACUGGAGAAAAUAAUUGGUCUCUGCCUGAACUAGUACAUGCUGUGGUCCUGCUGACACAUUAUCAUGCUUUGGCAAGCUUUGUUUUUGGUAGUGGCAUUAAUCCAGAGAGAGAUCCAGAAAUCUCCAAUGGAUUCAGGAUAAUAUCAGUCAACAACUUCUGCGUUUGUGAUCUUGCUAAUGACAACAACAUAGAAAAUGCAUCCCUUGCAGGCAACAACUUUGGGAUUGUGGAUUCUCUAAGUGAGCUGGAAGCCUUAAUGGAAAGGAUGAAGAGGCUUCAGGAAGAAAGAGAAGAUGAAGACACAUCUCAGGAAGAAAUGACCACUCGUUUCGAGAAGGAGAAAAAAGAAAGUCUUUUUGUGGUCUCUGGAGAUACUUUUCAUUCAUUUCCUCAUUCAGAUUUUGAUGAUGACAUGAUCAUAACAUCUGAUGUCUCUCGAUACAUUGAAGAUCCUGGUUAUGGAUAUGAAGACUUUGCCAGACGAGGAGAAGAGCAUUUGCCAACGUUCCGAGCUCAGGACUAUACCUGGGAAAAUCAUGGGUUCUCCCUGGUGAACAGGCUGUAUUCUGACAUUGGACAUCUUCUUGAUGAGAAGUUUCGGAUGGUCUACAACCUCACCUAUAACACUAUGGCAACCCAUGAGGAUGUUGACACAACCACACUGCGCAGAGCUUUAUUUAACUAUGUUCACUGUAUGUUUGGAAUCAGGUAUGAUGACUAUGAUUAUGGAGAAGUUAAUCAAUUACUUGAACGAAGCCUGAAGGUUUACAUUAAGACGGUGACCUGCUAUCCUGAAAGAACUACAAAGCGCAUGUAUGAUAGUUACUGGCGUCAGUUCAAACACUCAGAAAAGGUUCAUGUAAAUCUACUUUUAAUGGAAGCAAGGAUGCAAGCCGAACUACUCUACGCUCUUCGCGCCAUAACCCGGCAUUUGACCUGAGUGUCACCAGGGACAGUGUCAUAUAUGUGUAAAGACUUUUUCACAUACAAUUUACAUCAGAAGCUGUUUGUGAUAUAGCAUCAAAAUUAUUCACUUCUCUAGUGUCAGAGUUUAGCUGUUUCGUUUUGUUUUUGUUUUUCCCCCCGGCUAUAAUGUGCAAUGAUGUGUUUUAUUCUUUCUUGAUGCUUAACAUUACUAACAGUUGCAGAAAUAAUACUGAGGAGCACUACUUUGCAUUGUUUAUAGUUGGAGUUUUGGGCACCGAUCAUAAAUCAUGAACGUGGUUGUUAAUGCUUACCUUCAGUGUUUCGGGGUUUGUGUAUAUGUGUAUUUUUUUCUUUACUUUUUUUUAAAUAAGGAAAAGCGCUUACAAUCUGCUCACGCAGUUGUUCUUCAGAUGUUGGAAUUCAGCAAAGAAUGACCCCUUCCGGCCAUUCUGUAAUUUUCACGUUGUGUCCUAAAUCUGGUAGAGGAAAAGCAUGCGCUGUUGAACCAAGCUGCUCACUGGACACAAAGGUGUGUCCCUAGGAAAUUAUUUGUCAGGCACUGUGUGUUUUCUUAUUUGUAGUUUUUUUUUUUUUAACUGCUAUUGGCGAUAACGUGAAAUGUGACACAGCCAUUGUCCAUAAUUUAAUGUGAACUUAAUCAGGAUGAAUUCUAUAGCAUGCUACUGAAAUGCCAAAUUCAGCGAUUUCCUUUCUCUCUUAUAACAGGAGGUUGUUUUCCGUAUGAUGUGUAUAUGAGAGUAGACUUAUGCACAGUCCUUCCUGUCACUGACGGCGAUCCUCAGCCACCUGAACUGUCAGUGCUCACACUGCUGUUCACAGUUCACCCUGGCGGCACAGACAAACCGAACACACGAGACUGACCAAAAACUUUCUUUGCACAUUUUUCCUUUCUCAUAGGUUUAAAGGACAGUUAAUAUGUCUAUAUUUUUUUCUGUUAGGCUUUUAGAAAUUAUUUUCCAUUAUUUUCUUCUUAUAAUAGGUUAAACAGUUUGUAAUUCAAAGGUAAAAAAUUGUGUUUCUAUGCAUUAAUGUGAUUGAACAACAAAAAAGUGCAAUAUGUUCUAAAAAAUACUCGACUAAACUUUUCCCCUAUCAUAUCACUGCAGAAGUGUCCUUUUAAACAGAGCCAUAAAGAAAUUUUACUCAAAUUUCUUUAUUGCACUAGACUUCUUUUCUGUUUUACCUUACUGGGGUUGAACAAUGUUCUUAUAAUGCCAAAGCAUUCCUUUCCCCAGAAAAAUCUCUUCGGACAACUGGUUUAAAAAGGUAUCAAGUCAUAGGGGAGGAAUAAGUGGCCAAAAAGUCACAUUUUUGCAUUGGUUUAUGUUGCUUGAUUAGACUAUCUUCAGAAAGCACAACGUUGUGUGUUUAUAGCUUUAAUUUGUAUUAUGUUAGUGAACCAGUGAAGUGCCUAAGGAGAUGCUUACAACUACCCAGGAGGACACAACUGCACUGCUUAAAUACUUUUUGAUUAAUUAAAGGUGACUUGAAUUUUACACAUAUAUGGUAAAUUUUUAAAAGCAUAUCCAUUUUUCCAUAGUAAAUAAUAUAGUUAAACUUUUCCAUUAUAGUUGCCACAGAAAUUUCAUUUUAGACUUAUUUUCUGUGACUUACUUUUCCUCUUGUGAAAUAAUCAUGGGCUAGUGUUUUGUUAAAUCAUUUUCCCUUCUCUUUAUCAUCUGUCUCUAGUACAAUACAUCAAUUAGGUUGCUUUCCUUUAGAUUUUGUUCCCGAUAGGAAAAGAAAAAUGACUGUAAACCUAUUGUAAGGUAGUUCUGUGUUUUGGGAUUCAAGGAUCUUGUUUGAAAUCUUCCAUGAGGAAAAAAAUGACUAAUAUUUUUCAGGACAGGGUGGUUUAUUUAAAGAGAUGAUUCAAAGAACUCAUCAUGCCAGAUCUCUUCUGUUUUGUUUAUUGCAUAUACUAUAUAUGGAUUUUUUUAAAUAUCACAUGGCAUAGAUAAAUAUUAACUAUAAGAAAAGUAUUGAAGAGAAUGACAGAACACAGAUAACAACAUAAAAGUCCAUGUAAUUUCCCUAUCUUUAGGACUUUCAAGAUGAGGAUGUCUUUUAUUCUUGCAUUUUUAUUAGAAUCUUUUUAAUCAGUGACCUAUCAUUUUGUGCAGGUAAACUGUCUUGCAGGAUGAAAAAAUGAUUUUAUAUAUUGAAUCGGACGAGGAAUUCUCACAGAACACCAUAUGAGCUUUAGACCAAAAGGGAAACAAGGUAGAAGUAACUAAAAUGGCCACUUUUUGUUGUUUCGUUUUUCCCCCAGAAAUGUAAGUAGUUCAGUUUGAGUUGUGGAAAUAAUUAGUGCCUUUCAUAGAUGUCUUUCCUAGUAAAAUUUUUUUUUGCUCAACAUUGAUCCAUCUCUUUAGUAAUCAGGAAGUUAAGUUGGCUUGGAAGUGAAAACAGAAUAAAACGUAUUACAAGCCCCGGUACUCACCAGCCGGACUUCUGAGGUGCUCGGGCACCGGGGAGGAAGCAGCAGCGCUGUGCCAGGCUGUGACUCCCUGUUCACAGUGAGUUUGUUACCAACUCUCUCUGUCCAGUGCAAACUGGAAAUUCUGAUGCGGUUUGCCAGGGUGGUAUUUUUUUUCAGAGUAUUGAAUUUAUUAUGUAGUAAUUUAUAGUGUAGCUUUUUAUAUUAAAAUGUGAUAUUUUUUAAAAAAGAUAUCUGGUUCCAUUGGUGUAAUAAUGUGAUUAUAUGCUAAUCACCUGGGCUCACAUUGUGCCCAACUUCGUGUGCAAGUGUACAUGAGAAAGCACAUGUGGGUGUGAACUCUUAACUCCUUGCUUACUGUGUUAAAAUGACUCGAAGAAUUCACUGAAAUUAUGCUUGAAUAAUGUAUAUUUACUUUGAAAUUUCACAGUUUCCAGCCUUGAUGAUAAUUCUUCAUUUCCCAGAUCACCUUCAGAAAUAUCAAAAUAGCCUCCCAUGUGAAAGUCAGUCUGUUCUCUGACCCGCUGACCACAGCCAGGCGCCUCACGGAACCCUUCAGAAUAGGCUUCCUCAGGUGGACUUGGGAGAAUUAGGGGGAAGAGGCUCUUGAGACAAAACUCCUUCAUCUUUUUCUAACUAGGUACAUGUCUCAGUCUCAGGAAGAAUUUGUCUCACUUGGGGUACUCUUUAAAUAAAAGAUGGCUAGCAUGGAGCCUAGGGGUGUGGCCUUACACUAUGGUUUUAAACCCAGGUAAUGGCGGAGCAACAUAGGGCUGUUUUUAGAGUAGAAAACCAAACGUAAGGUUUAUAUAAAAAUCAUAUAAAACUUGAACCAGAGCCCUUAUUUUAUUUGUGUUAUAAUGUCUCCUAAAAAUUGUUAAUACUUCUAAAGUUUAAUUAAUAUUAUUUCAGAGCACCUCUUUCCUUCCUGACUCUAUAAAGUUUUUAACCUGAAAUCUUAGACUUUUGUUCCACAGCAAAGUAAAUUUAUCAGCAAUUAAAGAUAUGUACAUAAAAUAUUUCACCACCUUUCGGGUGUGUGCAUAUAUGAUGGUAAGAUUCUUUUUUAACUGAAAACAGUUCAUCAGGGGAGUAAAGCAAGUUUCAGUGCAUGUUAUAAAAAGGUUUGCACUGCAAUAGUAAAAUGAAGUUUUUUGCUUAUGUUUUGUUUUAGAGAUAAUUCUAAGUCAUUUCUGUGGAAAGCAAGACCUUAAAUGCUUCUUUUUAUCUAACAGAUAUUUUUUGUCUCAUUCAAAUCGAUGGUCUUGCAUGGAGCUAAAAGUAACAAUGAUGAUACUAUACAAGUAAUAUUUAUUUUCUUAGUACAGUUCAAUACUAAACUGAAAGAUAUGUGGCUCCUCUGUUUAGAUUGAGUUUUAAAUUACAUAAUUUGUAUAAUCAGAAUCUCUUCUCAGUGGCCAUCAUCCUAAACUGUGUUUCCCUAUUAUAACUCUGUGGAGACUGAGAAUCCGAUUAAAUAGUCUUUCCUCAAAGCAGUACUGUAAUAUGAAUGUAUUUAUCUCAGUCAACAGAACGUAAAUGACCACUGUAUGUGGAGCUUAUUUUGAUGCUAAUUUGGCUUAGUUAGCAGUAUCUGCUCAGGUGAGACCUAGAACAAAAAGCUAGGGGUGAGGUGGAUUACAGAGGUAGAGGUAUAUGUCAAGAUAGCCCUGUGAGGGAGGGAAUGUCUUUAAAAACUACAUAGAACGUAAUGCUAAGAUGGUGGCUUUCCUCGGCAUCGUGCGUCGAAUACAAAGGAAGCUCCUACCUGCAUUCAGUCCACUCCUUCCUGCCUGGUUUCUCUUCCUCCAAGUGCCUCAGCCUUACACUUUCACUCGCCUGCCCUCCCUCAGCCUGCCUUGGUCUGAGCACCUUUCACAAUCCAGACAGGACAUCACCAGCCACCUGCCGACAGUCACCAGCAUUCACUUUUCUGAGUUACGCUUUCUCCAUUUGUGAAGAUUAUGGCUUUGUCUCAGCUCCUUCUCAAUCCCCCAACCACCCACCUACCUUUCGUCUGACUUCUGGCUGACGUGCUCCCCUCGCUGCCCUUCAGAUACGUCCAUGCUGCCAGAUGUUACGCAGCAUUAGUGUAAGCUUGUCCCCGCCAUGCUGUGUACCCUUUUCCCAACUGCCCAAAUGCCGUGUUCUCCGCUACCUCAUCCCCAAAGAGCCUAUAAAUCAGAGUAUCCAGCCUUUUCAUGGGUUCACUCUCUGUUGUUCAGUAAUACUACUUCCAUAUUUUAAAUAAAUCAUAGAAGAUUUUGCCUUCUAUCAGAGUAGGAAUCUUUAUAUUUAUACAUGAUACAGAAAUUGAACUAUUUCUACCAUGCAGAAUUUAGCAUUUAGCAGGAUUUUAAAGUGAUUAAAUUGCCAUCAUAACCUGGAUCUAUAUUAGAUAAUGAAUACUGGUGUUAGUCCAAGUUAUUUGAAUGUAAAGUUAAAAUUCUCUAGCAAUCCAGAUUGACCUGUAGCCCUUUAAUGGAACAGGAAUUUCUGGCAUAUAAAUGGAGUGAUGUUUCAGUUAUUUGUUUUAUUGGUGGUAUUUAGGCCAUGAAACACAUUUCUUGCAAGAGGACAUUGAUAAGGGUGUUUAGAUGGUCUGGCUGAAUCACAGAACACCAUUAAAAUACUGCAAAGCUGGAUACGUAAGGGUCUGACUAGGCUUUCCUGGGUUAGACUAAGCUUCUCACCCCCGUCCUUACCCUGUUCCCAUGGAAGGAAGUAUCUUCUAUGGAAUAACUGUACAGUCUUGAUUCCCCUUGCUAUACUUCAGAUAUGUCCAGAUAGUAUCGUUAAAGACAAAAAUGCAAAUUCUUCCUCUCCAGCCUGUGUGCACUUGGUGUUGUUGGAGAUUACACUGCCUCCAGUUUCUAGCAUGGGACACAUUUAUCUACAGAUGGUUUUCUGACUUGAAGGUGAACCACCCUGAUUAUUAGUAUAUGUUAAUAUGAAUUCUGGUGGUAUUUGCAUGUUUUCCAUCUUAGUCAUGAACAACCCAACCUGAUAGCAGUCUCCACUAAAUCCCUUUGACGGUCCAGAAGUGAACCCAGUAGGCUACUUAAGAAAUAAGACUUGGAGACAGGGAUUAAUUCAGUCAUGUGUCAUAAAGUGUUCACUCUGGCUUUAACCUAGUUAUGACUGCACCACCAUGAAGUAGAGAAAAAGAAAAAAUGUAAGGGAAAGAAGAGCGUAUCUGGUUCUUCUGAAUGCUGAUAAAAACCUUUGAAAGAAUGCAGUGCUUACUGUCAUAUGGCCUUUAGAGCAAAUGCCCCAUUUUAUAGUUCAUAGGACAUCAUUAAACAUUAAUAAGUCUAAAUAUGUUAAAUAUAAUUUUGUUAGAAAAUUUUUGCUAAAACAAUCUAUUUUCUUGCACCCCUCAAGUUACCCUCUUAAAAAUGAAUAUAUAAUUUCUACAGAAAGAAUAUUAAAGAGGGAGAAUCUUCAGUCUUUAGUGUUAAAAUAUUAUUCACAGAUUCCGAUUAAUUAUAUACAUUAUGACACAGAACUAACUAAUUAUACAUCUCUUUCUUAAAUAACCAGUCUUUACAAAUUCUCAACUGGCUCCCCUAAGUCUGAUAGGAAGGAUCAAGAGGUAGGGUAAAGGAAAUGUAUCCAUUAGGCGGCCAAGAACUUGCCUUUGGGAAGCCGAGAGACUGUUUUCUGCUUUUCUUAUCUCUCUGGUUCUUUUAAGUAGAAGUAGAGUUAAACGGUACCCUUGUUCACCAAGGAAGUUGAUCCAAACUCUAUAUCUUGUGCACAUAUUUUCUUUGUUUUCAUAUAUCUUCUCUGGAGAGAAAGUACCGUUUUCUCUUUCUUCUUUCUCUUCACAUUUAACUCUUUUAGCCCAAAAUAAAGUAGAUAUUGAAAACAAACCACAAGCUAUCCACAUGCCAUCUGAGCAGAUAAACAGGAAUCCUGUCAGGUCACCUUGGAGUGUGGCCUUGUCUCUUGGAUUAGUUCCUUCAAACCUGAAAACUUUUCCUGGUCAUGGAAGAACUGGAUGUAUCCUUCAACUUACGAAAUAGGGUUUGAACUUGAAAACUUUUUUUAAUCCUGAUUUUGCAGGGCAGCUACAUAAUGAAUGUAUAUAUUAAGACUUUGUAGCUGAAUUGCACAUGAAAUCAGAUUGCCAACUUCUUGACUUUCAAUUUUAGACUUCAUUUAAUCCUUAUUUGUGAGCGAUAUAUGUAGCAUGCUGUGAAAUGUCUAUUAUAGUUCUUUAAUUCAUCAGUAUUAAUACAGAAUUAUCUUUUGCGUUCCUUGGUACUUUUUAUUCAAUGUAAUCAGAAGCUGUGAUGUUUUGCCUUUGUAGUCCUGUGCUUUGUUACUGUAAUUUUUUUUCUUUUUUUACGAAGCACGUGACUUUGGACUAAUGUAAGGCGGAUGACGUGAUCUUUAAGACUGCUCUAUAUGUCAGUCUCUUACUCUAUAAGGUUUUAAAUUAGAAUAAGCUUUAUCAAAUAGAUCAUUGAUGCAAUUUAGAAUUCACACAAGUUCAGCGUCAAAUGGCAGUCUUAUAGUUUCAGUUCUAAGAAUAGCAAACUUAAUGAACAGCCACUUUAUACUUGUUCUGGCAAACCAGACCCUGCUGUAGAUGUAGUCUAAGGUAGUUAACCAUAUAAGCCUUCUCAGCUCAUAACGCCCUCCACAUGAGUCAGCAGUUAAGGAGAUUAUAGACCAUGAAAGCUUUUUGUAUGUAAACUAGGUUUUAUUUUUCUUAUGUUGCUGAUUUUACAAUUCUGACUAAAGCUGACCUGAAGGGAUCAGCUUAUGUGUAAUAUUCUAGUGCUUUAAUGCCUCUUUUUUUUUUUUUUGGAGGGAUGGGUAAUAUUAUUUGAACAGAUACAGAAGGAACUGUUAGUGAGUCAAGACACACACAUUUGAAAUAAAGAAAUUGUGUAUUAACAUGUUAACAAUUCAUAACUGCACUUUUUAUGACAUUUUGAAAAUCUAUUUAUAGGUACAGAACAAUGGGUUUUGUUAAACUGUAUCACAUUUAUACUUGCAGAAAUUUAUUUCAUUGUUAUUAGUAGGAAUUUUAUUGGUUCAAUAAAAUUGGCAAAACUGAACUCUCA